AUGCGUGGAGUGUUGAAGCCCGACAUCUUGGGACCGGGCGUCAGAAUCCUGGCAGCGUGGCCCAUUCAGGUCGGCCCAAAUCCUUCCCAGACCACCGGGAACACUCAAACCACCUUCAAUAUGAUCUCCGACAUUUCCAUGUCUGCACCUCAUCUCAGCGAGGUCGCUGCGCUAAUAAAGGCGGCGCACCUGGACUGGUCGACGACCGUCGUCAAAUCUGGAAUCAUGACGACCUCAGACAUCAUUGAUAAGGACGGGAAUCCCAUAAAGGACGAGCAGCACAACAAGGCGAGCUUCCUCGGCAUGGGAGCCGACAACGUCAACACGUUUAAGGCGGCGGAUCCCGAGCUAGUUUACGACAUUGAGCCCAACGACUAUGUCCGCUUCCUUUGCGGGUUAGGCUACUCCGACAAGCAAGCCGAGAUAGUGACCCAUCGAAAAGUCAUGUGCGUCGAGGUGAGCAAAAUCAGGGAGGUCGGCUUGAACUACUCGACUAUAACUAUGGCAUCACUGUUGGAUUUUGACAGAAUCACAGUGACCCACACUGUGAAAAAUGUCUGUAGCGAGCAAUCGACAUAUAAAUUGAAGGUGGAUGGCCUAGAAAGCGUGGUGGUGGAGGUCUCGCCAGAGAUGUUGGAUUUCUCUGGCAAAAUCUACGAAAGCAAGUUGUUCAACAUCAGCUUCAUCAGGAAAAUCGUGCAUCCUCCUACACACGAAGAAGGACACUUGUUGUGGGCCUCUAAUACAAAGUCAGUCAAGAUUCCUAUCCUGAUACCUGUUUGA